CUUGACUGGAGUGGUGGUCCUCCUCCUCCUCCUCCUCCUCUCUGCCCGCUGUCAGCUUACUCUCCCCACAUCGUAAGAAGCAUCUAGACAACUACUUGAAUCACCAAGGCACAGAAGACUGCGGACCUAAUGCGGAUAGAAUUGGUGUUGUAAAGACUUUUCUUGUGCAUCUGCACCAUUAAGGAAGGGGAACAUCUACACUUUGCUUCUGACAUAAGAAGGAUCAGUAAUAUGUUGCCACAAAGGAAGCAGCUGCUCAUGAAGAUUUCAAAGUACCAAUUCUUCAAACGCAAAUGUAUAAGUACAGAGUUGAAAACAAGAAACUUCACCAGCAUGGCCUUUGCAAAACAUCAGAGGCGUGUUGUCAUUACUGGAAUCGGUUUGGUGUCUCCACUUGGAGUCGGCACUCAACUCACGUGGAACCGAAUCUUGAAAGGAGAGAGUGGUGUUAUAUUUUUAGAUGCACCAGAAUACGGAGAUUUGCCUUGUAAAGUGGCUGCCUGUGUACCACAAGGUGAUGGAGAGGGGGAGUUCAAUGAAGAAAAGUUUGUUUCAAAAUCUGAGGCAAAGUCCAUGUCGGAUGCUACAAUAAUGGCAAUAGCAGCAACUGAACUUGCACUCAGAGAUUCCAACUGGAGUCCACUAUCUGAAAAAGAGCAAGUAACCACCGGCGUAGCUAUUGGUAUGGGUAUGGUUCCUCUUGAUGAAAUUAGUAACACUGCUGCCCUGUAUGCGGCCAAAGGUUAUAAAAAAAUCAAUCCCUUUUUUGUUCCCAAGAUUCUUCCCAACAUGGCAGCUGGACAGAUCAGUAUUAAAUAUGGACUUAAAGGCCCAAAUCAUUCAGUAUCGACUGCAUGCACAACAGGAGCGCACGCUAUUGGUGAUGCUUCAAGAUUUAUCCUCCAUGGAGAUGCGGAGGUGAUGCUGGCAGGUGGCACAGAGGCUUGUAUUAACCCUCUAUCUAUCGCAGGCUUUGCAAAGGCACGUGCCCUCUGCACCACCUGUAACUCGACCCCGAAGUUAGCUUCACGUCCAUUCCAUCCUGAUAGAAAAGGAUUUGUAAUGGGAGAAGGGGCAUCGGUGCUGCUGCUCGAGGAGUAUAGGCAUGCUAUAGCGAGAGGAGCACGGAUCUAUGCAGAAGUACUAGGUUAUGGACUCUCGGGAGACGCCACUCAUGUAACUGCUCCCAGUACCAGAGGAGAUGGAGCUUAUAGGUGUAUGUCUGCUGCAAUGAAUGAUGCUGGAGUGAUACCACAGGAUGUUACGUACAUUAAUGCACAUGCCACCAGCACACCGCUAGGAGACGCAACUGAGAACGAAGCCAUCAAAAGAUUGUUUAAAGAACAUGCACAUUCUCUUGCUGUCUCUUCCACUAAAGGAGCGACUGGCCACCUCUUGGGGGCAGCUGGAGCCAUAGAAACAGCAUUCACAGCAUUGGCCUGCUUUCAUGGGGUCUUGCCUCCAACUGUGAACCUUGACAGGACAGACCCUGAAUUUGAUUUGAAUUAUGUCCCUAUUAAAGCUCAAGAGUGGGACACUUCAAAAAGACGUAUUGCACUGAAUAAUUCAUUUGGAUUUGGAGGCACAAAUGCAACCCUCUGCUUGGGGAGCAUCUAAUUUACAUUUUUAUAAUAAAUAAUUGAAAGGGUUUUGUGCUUGGGUGGACAUUUGGAGAAACACAUAGUAUAGGAAGAGCUGCAAAUGACCAACACAAAAUUGUUGACACAAAAAUUGCUCAAACAUCAUGAUAAAAUAACAUUGUAAUUGUACUGAUUGGUGAUGUUUUCCUGUAAAGUUUGUUUUCCCAUUGUUGGCAGCAGAGAUGAUUUAUAAAUCAACAGUGCUAAACAAGAGUUUUGUGCUUUGUUCAUUAAAAAUACUUUUAUUAAACACACCAGAUAAACAUUUUCUUUGAGAAGCUUUGUUAAAAAAUGGCUAUGGACUUCUGUUGCCUUUCACAACACAAUAUAGUUUCAGUAAAAAAAAAGAAAAUCGUGUAUUUACUACAAGGCUUGUAAUUUUCUUUUCUAAGUGCCUGAUAUGUUAAUCCACAGAAGCACAUGAGCUAGGGAAAGCUGCAAGUGAACAGCA